CAGAAGAAAAUGAAGAAGAGAAAGGAGCUCAAUGCCCUCAUCGGACUCGGGGACAGCAAGAGAAAGAAGGCGAAGAAGGGCUCCGGUCACCGGCUUCUCCGUACCGAACCGCCGCCGGAUUCGGAGUCUGACUCAAGCUCGGAUGACGACGAGUUCAACGGCAUCAGCAGCCGAGAUAGCUUUGGCAAGAGAACUUACAGUCAAUGCUGCACUGUGUGCUACCCAUUGUUUCUCUUCAUCAUCCUCGCUGCUUGUGUCAUGGCCUGCGCUGGACUCAUCUGGAUGCAGAUUGCCUUGAAGGAAGAUCUGGACUCAAUGAAGGAAAAACUGCGUAGCAUGGAAUCCAGCCAAAAAGAGUCUUCAAGUGAAAUACCAAAACUAAGCGAGGAGCUGAAAAACAAGGAUAGAAAGCUUGAUGACAUUGAAAAUGGGGAGAAAGGGUUAAGCAAACUCUGGUUCAACCUUACAGAAGUGACCAGAAAGAUCACUCUGCUGGACUCCGCUGUAAACCACUUAAAGGCCAAUUUGAAAUCAGCUUCUGAUUUAGUCAGCCUGCCCACUACAGUUGAAGAACUACAAAAGAGCGUGGCUACUAUAGGCAGCACUCUAACAAGCGUGCAACAUGAUGUGAAGACAAUGCAGACGGCACUUGAAAAUCUGAAAAAUUUGGACGAUGGGCUGAAGGUAAUGAUGGACAUUAGUGACCUGAGGACAGCAGUGAGCGAGGCAAACCAGACAGGGGCACAACACCACAAGUGGAGUAAUGAGCAGAUUCACAUGCUCCUUUCUAAUGUUGCUGAGCUUCAGAGCAGAAUGUCGUCUUUAGAGAGCGGCUCCAAACAAAACUUGAAAAAUGCUGAAUUUCAGCCACUUACCAGCAGCGGGCCUCAAAUGACUGAGAUGACUGAGACCCAAACUGCCCAAUCAUCAUCACCAGACACCACCACGUUAAGUCCUGACACGGAGACUAGCAGACGCCCGCGCUUCCUCCCCACAAAACGCUACAAGAGAAACACUGAUGUCAAAUGCCAAAAAAAGCACUUGCUUUCAGGGAUGACUUUGAAAGGUCUGGAAGAAAUUUUUGCAGAUGUCAAGGGCGAUCCGGCAAACCUGACUUACGAGGAGCUAUGGGGAAAACUCGGGUCAUCCAUUCCGAAAGCUCGCGCAUUGAGAUGUUUUGACAGUGACGGGGACGAGAGCUACUCCCUGACAGAGUUGAGAGUUGCUUUUGGGGUGUGA